UACAAUAGUUCAUAAAAUCAUGUUACCAUAAACACACUAAACGCGUUGAAUUUAUGCAAAUCCAUUAAUUGUGCUGUAGAGCUGCACAAUACAGGAAAAUAAGAAGGAACUAGUAGAGUUGAGGAAGUUCAGUCUACCACUUCCCAUGUUGUCAGCCAUUAAAAAAACGCCUGAUACAAGGAAUCAUGAGAUCAUUCAGAGUCUUUCAAGCCGCAGACAUGGACCGGUUGUUUUGGCUUUCUCUCCUGCUCGCCCACCCGUUGGUCACAGCUGACAAGGAUACAUGUCAUGUCUAUAUAUCACAGUCAAACAACAUAAUCUGGAAGAAAAUAGGGGAAGAAGCUGUUUUCAAUUGUACAGUCAUUUCCAGCUGUUCAGUAAAAUUUUACUGGUUCAAAGAAAACAUCUCUCUACCGCUUAAUAUGAGUAACAAGUACCCAGGAGGAGCGUCUUUACAAAUUAAUUCACUUAAAGCGAGUGACAGUGGGAUCUACUUCUGUGCCGCAGCAAAUCAUACUGGGUGCUGCACACCGUUUGUAGGGGAGGGAGCAACUCUUGUAGUGAGAGAAAAUGCUAAAAUAGUGAUGGGAAGAAUUUUGUCGGUAUCAUUUGUCCUCUUGGCCGUCUACAGCUUGGCUAUAGUGACGCUCAUCUUUCUAAAGAAGCAUGGCUGGAAUAUGAACGUCUGCAAAAAGACAUCCAAAAACGACAAGAAAAACGCAAAUAAAAAAGUACAGUUCCAGGACGUGCUGAAAGAAAUGCACAAGAAGAGAAACAUGGAGAAAAACAAUCAAACAGCAAGCAGAAGCUCUUCUGAAGCUGAGGCCUCGAGCAACGACCUGCAGCAUUCUUCUGAUGACAUCUAUCAAAAUGUCUAAGCUUCAUUCAAGGAAUUGAUGAAUUCAGACCUCCAUCAUCUUGACGGAAAGGAAAUUGUAAAGCCAUUAAACACCGGCUGGAUUAUG